AUGAGUUCAGCAGCAAAUGCACCUCCAGCCUAUGAGGAUGCCGCUCCCCAACAAGGAACGUCAUCUGGGGAAAGAAUGUUUGGUGACGAUUUACCGGAUGACUUUAAAUAUUCAGUUGAUGUGGCCAGUUGUGAGCUCCCACUCCGUCAAUUGUUCAUAAGAAAGGUUUAUUCUCUUCUUUCAGUUCAACUUGCCGUUACGGUAAUUGUGGGGUUCAUUAUCAACUCCAACAAGGGAAUUCAAACUUGGUGUUUGAACAACAUUUGGCUUUACUAUUUACUGAUUGUGGGUACUUUUGGGUUUUUAAUUGCCACCUGGUUCAAAUCGAGGUCAUAUCCAACGAAUCUCAUUCUUUUAGGGGGGUUCACCCUUUGUGAGAGUUACUCUGUUGGGUUGUGCACCGUUUUAUUUGAUACUAAUAUUGUUAUACAAGCGGUAUUGUUAACAUUUGUUAUAUUUAUUGGAUUAACGUUAUUUGCUUUCCAAACUAAAUAUGAUUUCAUUUCUUGGGAAGGAGGACUUUCAAUGGCUCUUUGGAUGUUAAUUUGUUUUGGAUUCGUUGCAAUGUUUUUACCGGGUAAUACAUCGACUGUUGAAUUGAUUUAUGCUGGAGUUUCGGCAGUUAUCUUUACUAUUUAUAUUGUUAUUGAUACUCAAAAGAUUAUGAAAACGGCUCAUUUGGAUGAUGAAGUCAUUGCUACAAUCUCCUUAUAUUUGGAUAUUAUCAACUUAUUCCUUGCAAUCUUAAGAAUCCUCAAUAACCAAAAUAGAGAUUAA